GCAUUGCAUGUUUGAAUUGCUGACCGAGAGUCCGAGACUCGUCAAGAUGUAGUAUCACGUGAUUUGUUGUCACGAAAGCCACUUGCGAUCCAUGUCGGUCCCAACCCGAGUCGAGACAGUCAACCUGCAAAAGCACUUUGAGAAGAUGCCAACGUCACAAUCAGAAGCCAUUCCGAGCAUCUAUCCGGCUCCUCGCCGUCUAGCACCCUCACGGGGCGCCCGUCGCGACACCGAAGAUCUCGACUCUGCCACAGGAAAACUUGGUGCUGACUUUCAAGGUGUGGACUGUCUGCUGAUACCGGAAGUGAAGCUUUUGCUUGAUAUGCACAAGCGACGGCGAAUGCAAUCUGGAAUAGAACGACCUUCCAACGAAGUUUUUGAAAAAACCCUCGAGUACUGCUCAAGAUUCACAGCGUUUUCUAACCCAAACACGGUGCGCCAUAUAAAAUCAACAAUAGAUAGUUCACAAUACGAACCAUUCGAAAUUGGGCUUAUGGGGAAUCUCGGGAUAGAGUCAGUGGAGGAAGCAAGGUCGCUUAUCCCAAGUCUGAAUCGAGAAACGUUGGACGACAAUACAAUCCAUAGCACUUUGAAUGACCUGCAAAAUCUAAAGAAAUAUCAAGCGGCUGGUUGAACCUAGGUAGCGCAGUUCCGUCGAUGUACUAAUGACUGCCAAUGCUACGGAGGUAACGCCUGUAUAUAAUGUAUAGAAACAAGGGCGCGUUGAGUAUUAUCGGAGAAAGUCUUAAAUUAUAGCAUGGUCCGAAUCAUGCGCGUGGCUACGACGACUCCGAGCGGCACUCUUCUGUCACCGUGAGUAAGUUCAUCUUGUUUCACAGGUCGUGAAUGUGCAUAAAGGUGAUCGAUGUUCUGUAUAAAACGGAAAUUUGACAUUAAACCAAUAUUUUUGGGACAACACCCUGCAAAAAGAUAGCCAGAAAACUAACCAGCUGCAAUCGUCGUCUAAGAUCUUCAUUAACUGUAGCUAUCACAGCUUGUGCUUCCACAUCUCGGAAUAAUGAUCGGUAUCCAAAAUUUGACGAGCCAAUAACUGUCACCAACGGUGAGGACUCGCCAGGAGGCGUGCACCAAAGUCCUGUUGCUAAUUUGUUAGUUACGAGUUUUUACAAUGGGUGCGACUCCACAAAUACCUUUAGCGUGAAAGGUCCAACCUUUCCUCUUCCACUCAUGCACAAUCAAACUCUCACCCCUCCCCAACCGCUGUGCCCGUUCUAAGAGUUUUGUUUCUAGUGAUGUGACUCAAUAUAAGCUCAAAAUAGACCCGCGUAUGCUGUAUUUUUGUACCUCUGGGGAUGCUGUCAAUAUACGAUAGAGAGCUGAGGAUCCUAAUAUCGGGCGUAGUAGAGUUUCGGGAAAGUUUAAAUAGCCAGAGCUCAAGUGCACUGUCCAACGGCCUUCUUUUUCUCUGUCCCAUUUGAAUCAUCGGCAUUACGAUUGUGUCGGUUGUCGCCCGCCG